AUGGCAGCAGAGGAUUGGCGAGAUAGCAAUGUAGGCGCAAUUGGCGGCGACGAGGACAAAGCUGUCAGAAAGCUGGCUGCUGCAAAGGAGCCUGCCUGGGAAGGUGCGGGCACCAAACCUGGCAUUCAAGUGUGGCGUAUUGAGCACUUCCACGUGGUCCCGGUGGAAACGUCGUUGCACGGGCAGUUUCACAAGGGAGACUCAUACAUUGUGUUGCACACAGAGGAAGUCGACGGAAAGCUGAUGCGCACAAUCUUUUUCUACAUUGGAACUGAAAGCUCCACCGACGAGAAAGGGACCGCAGCAUACAAGACAGUGGAGCUUGACGAUUAUUUCCAGGGUGAGCCAAAGCAGGUGCGUGAGGAGAUGGGCAAGGAAUCACCUGCCUUCGCUGCCCUUUUCUCUGGCUCCCUGAAGUACCUGGAUGGUGGAGUGGACAGUGGCUUCAAGCAUGUUGUGCCGGAGGGGCAUGACACGAAACUUUUCCAGGUCAGGAAGGUGAAGGGCAAAACGACAGUCCUGCAAGUGCCAACCAAGAAGGAGAUGGUGAACGACUCUGACAGUUUCGUGCUAGAUGCACCGGGCAAGAUCUACGUGUACGAUGGUCCCCAAGCCUCGCCUUUCGAGAAGCAAGCGGCCAACCGACAUGCCGAGCAUUUGGAGAGUAUGAGGAGCGGCCAUGCGCAAGCCACACAUGAUAUCGACGAUACGUUCUGGACUUUGUUAACCGCAGCUGCCUGUCAGAGCGUGGCCGUGAGCGUGGCGGCGACCGUGGUGACCGUGGCGAUCGUGGCGACCGCGACCGCGGCGACCGUGGCGACCGUGGCGAUCGAGGCGACCGUGGCGAUCGUGGUGACCGCAAUCGGGAUCGCGAGCGUGCAGAGCGUGGUGACCGAGAUCGAGACCGUGAUCGUGGCGACCGUGGCGAUCGUGCCCACGUCGAUGGAGGUCGUCGGCGGCGCAGCCGCAGCCGGGUCUCGGGCCCAGCGCUUCAUCGGUCAGCUGCAGCCGCUUGAGAUGGGAGGCCUGCUGAGACCCGCAAAGUUACGCGCAAACCUGCACAACUGCACCUUUGUGAUCGCCAGCUUUGCUUGGGAACGGGGCCUGGUGAAAAGCAAGCAUGCAGAUGGAUUUGCUUCUCGCUGCCUGGCAGAACUGCUCCAGUCUGAUGAGGGACAGGUCUGCUUCCUUGUCAAGUUCUUGAUGCAGAGAGGGAGAAGCGCUGCGGCAGAAAUGAGGAAUCGGCUUGCAAAGGGCCAGCCCGUUCAAGCUCGCGGCUUCCACUUCAAUCAGGAGGUCAUUGCGGAGGCUCUCCGUCGUUGGGAAGUUGAAGAAGAGGAAAUGAAGAGGCACAUCUGCGAAUGCCGCGAGGUCGCCUCCACACGCUGGCUAAAGCUGCAGACUUUGACAUACCGAGACGAGGCGGGUCGAGAUCGGCGCUGGGACAGCGUGUCCCGGACUACUCGCCGCGCCUCGCUGGCCACGUCCGGCGUUGAUGCUGUGGCGAUUCUUGCCGUGCUGCGUUCCUCCGCCAACCCUGGGCGAGCUGAGACGUUGUUGGUCCAGCAGUUCCGGCCGCCUGUGGACUGUCCCACGAUUGAGCUCCCGGCUGGCCUUGUGGACGAGGGUGAGACGGCCCAGGAGGCAGCUCUACGAGAGCUCAAGGAGGAAACGGGUUACAUCGGCACGGUUGCGGAAUGCUCGGGGGUUCUUACCAUGUCGCCAGGGCUUUGCGAUGAGAUGAUCAGGCUUGUUGUUGUCGACGUGGAUCUAGACCGGCCUGAAAACCAGUCGCCAGCGCAGCAGUUGGACGAAACGGAACGCAUCGUGGUACGCCGCGUUCCUUUGGAUCAACUUCUGCAAGAGCUCGAGGUCUUAAUCCGACAAGGAUGUAUGCCGAUUGCAGGCUUGUACUUCUUGGCCGUCGGCUUACGCCUUGGUCUUCGACCCUUCGGCGGAAGCUUAACGUCGACAGGAUGA